AUGGCGUCGAAGCAUCUCUUGAGGCGAUCCUGUGCCUUCUGUCGGGCGAGGAAGAUCAAAUGUUCAAACGAGACCAUCUGCGAGGCGUGCCGCAGACAAGGUGCCGACUGCAUCUACGACUUCGAGCCCUCGCGCCCAAAGACAAGGAAUCUAAGCCAGGACAGCACCAAGUCGACCCUAUCGGUUUUCCGCAAUGGAGACGCGCCUAUGGGACACACUCGCCAACGGUCUAUCUCUGUUGGCUCUCCCAAUUCCACCCCACCAAGUACUGUCAUGGAGGAGGUCGCGCCCCAGGGCGAGACUGGCGAAAGCGUUGCCAUGGCCCUUGAGCAGAGGUUCUUUGAGAACUUUUCUCAAGCAUACCACCGAACGCUUCAGACUAGUCUCCGUGACCGACCCGAAAGCGUGGCCACCAAGUUCAGCCCCAAGAAUGUGAGGUAUACUGGGAUCCUCUCGCUGUUAACACACGACCUUGUUGGUCUCGUCACAGAUCAGUUUGGAUCCUUGGGCUGCCAUCACGUCGAGGAAGGCGGUGCUCGUUUCUUCUUGUCUGGCUUGGCCAGCGAUGAUACGCAAACCAUGUUCGACAACCCUCCGCUCGGCAGCAACCCCCUAUCGGAGUAUGGCCAACGACAGCAAACGCAACUGAUCGACGUCUGGUAUUCGGUGCACCCUCUAUCCUUCCUUGUCUCCAAGACCCUGCUUCUUCGAGAGCUACGCGACGGUACGCAUGACGAGAUUUUGCUGGCCACGAUGCUAGCCGACGCCAACUUUAGCAUUGGAGACGAGGGCUCCAUUGCCCGUGGCCAUGUCCUCCUCCGAUGGGCCAUCGCCCAACUCCACACGAGGCCUCUUCGACCAACCCAAAAUUCUUCCAACGGUGGCAGCAUGUCUUCGGGCAUAUCGACAAGAAUAUUCAGUGGGAUUUCCACAGCGCAAGCUCUCAUGUUGCUCGCGUGGAAUGCCCUUUGCUCUUUUCAGCUGCGCCGGGCCAUCUGCUACAUCGGACUUGCUGGCAGGAUGGCCUCGGAGAUCAAGGACCAAAUAUCGAAUACACUGGCACCCAUGACUUCCAGUCGCAUCAACGGUAUAGAUGUGUUUGAUGUUGAAAAGGAGAUCGUCGCCUACCUCUACUGGACAACAUAUUCGCUGAGCCUGUGGGCCUUCAUCCAGAUGGGGAAUGGGCACUUUUCAGCAUUAUUACCGACCUCAUUAAGUUCAAUCUUCCUCCCCGUGACAGAGGCUUCAUCUGUCAUGAUCCAGUUGGAUCUGGUCUCGGAAAAAUUCAGCACUUUGCAGAAACAAAAGAGCGUCAUCAGGGAGAUGUGGCCCCUGGCGCACAUUGCGAGUGUCGUCGCUUACAUCUUCGCCCUGUACCCCCAAGAUUCAGACACAUCCGAAUCGCCCACAACAGGCUUCUGGCAAGAAGCCCCGCUCCUUUCUCUGCAGCGAAUACAGCAAGGAAAGCCCUCUAAAGAUAUUGGAAGCGUUUUCACAGAGGCCUCUUCGCGGAGCCUCGUUCUUGUUGUCUAUCAUGCCAUGGCGAUACACUUCCUAUUUCCGGAGCCUCAACCCAUGCAACUUGAAGAACCCGUCUCGGCCGAUGUUGUUGAACGAUUCUGCUCCUCGUCGGAGGACAUCCUUCAGCUUUUUGGAUCCAUCUCCGAACAACCACAGGACCUUUUUGGUCUCACACCAUCCCUCCGUAGCUCAUUCCCUGACGUCUUUUGCAUGUCCCUCGAUACCUGUGCUCGGGCCCUGAAAUCCAUUCACGCAAGGUUCAAUCCUAGCGACACAUCCUUGAUUCAGGCCUACGAGAGUAGGCUCCAGGUGCUUACUCGACGCCUCUAUGUCAUGAGCCAGAACGAUUUCCUCAACCAGGGGGCAUCAAUCCGCCUAGUUAGGAGGAACUUGAAGAGCUCUGUGCGAAUGUUCUGCUCCUCGUCAGCCUCUAACUCCUCUGGGGCGUCGUCUCCUGACAACGCUCGAAUGGCCUCUACAUCUGAUUCCCCUCGGCGAAGCCCUCGAGGCCUUUCUGCUUCCGAUUCUGAUCGUCUGUCCGCAAUCCCCAGAAUCGCUAUUGAUUCAUCAUCGCCCUAUGGCUGUGUCGGCGAUACUUCUACCAUGCCGUCGUCUAUGCCGUCGUCAACAAGAUCUUCAUCUGGGGCCUCGACCACCAACUCAUUCACUCCCUUUGAAGAAGCCAGCAAGCCGGAAUGGCAGCCUUUCGAUGUCCUCUUCCACGACGUCCUGGACGCCAACGCUCUAGGCGCUCCAACCGGAGAGCACAUGAGCAUUGCCGACUUGGUGGAUUUCCAGAAUUCAUGGUGCCCUCAGAUGCCUACAAUGAUGGACUUCGACAUGGCCGGUCCCAUCCCUAUUCCAUGUGGGCAGUGGGACUGGGCAGAUCCGAAUGCUAAAGGAACUACAGUUGGUCCUGACAUGGAUUCGGUCUACUCUUACUUCGAUCGGGCAAACGGCAAGCGGCCUGUGUAG